UCCUUCUGGAAGCGCUGCGCGGACGGGAGGCCUACUUGCUUUAUGAGUCCACCGAGGCUCAAAGGGGCUUCUCGCAGACUUGGAAUCCACGUCGACAAGUUGGGGUCUGGUCCGGCCUAGAGCCCUACCCCCUCUCAGGUGCCGCGUGGCCCCGCACCUGCACCCCGGCGCUCCAGCUCACUGCCUCUGUCUCCCCCAUCAGCGCACCCCCGGACGCUAUGGCCCACCCUUCUGGCAGGCCCCGCGUGUAGGAUGGUGGCUCACAACCAGGUGGCAGCCGACAAUGCAAUCUCCACGGCAGCGGAACCCCGACGACGGCCAGAGCCUUCCUCCUCCUCCUCCUCGGCGCCCACGGCGCCGGGGCGCCCUCGGCCCGGCCCCGCAGCCCCGGCCCCAGGCGACACGCAUUUCCGCACAUUCCGCUCGCACGCCGAGUACCGGCGCAUCACGCGGGCCAGCGCGCUCCUGGACGCCAGCGGCUUCUACUGGGGACCCCUAAGCGUGCACGGGGCGCACGAGCGACUGCGCGCUGAGCCCGUGGGCACCUUCCUCGUGCGUGACAGCCGCCAGCGGAACUGUUUCUUCGCCCUCAGCGUGAAGAUGGCCUCGGGCCCGACGAGCAUCCGAGUCCACUUCCAGGCCGGCCGCUUCCACCUGGACGGCAGCCGCGAGAGCUUCGACUGCCUCUUCGAGCUGCUGGAGCACUACGUGGCGGCGCCGCGCCGCAUGCUGGGGGCCCCGCUGCGCCAGCGCCGCGUGCGGCCGCUGCAGGAGCUGUGCCGCCAGCGCAUCGUGGCCACCGUGGGCCGCGAGAACCUGGCGCGCAUCCCCCUCAACCCUGUUCUCCGAGACUACCUGAGCUCCUUCCCCUUCCAGAUCUGACCGGCCGAGCCAGCGAGCACGCAGCAUUAACUGGGCGUCUUAUUGUUUUCUAUUAUUAAUUAUUAUUAUUUGCCUGGAACUACAUGGGUGCCCUCCCCGCCUGGCCUGGAGGGAACAGGUGUGGGGGCCGAGGCGCCACCCUCGCGCCGCUGCUGGAGACAAGGCCGCAGCCCCUCCCUCCUGGUGCUCCCCCUGCGCCUCCCUGGUUGUCAUAGCAGCUUAACUGACCUGUGUGUGGGAGCAGACCCUGAGCCCACAUCACCUACCUCUUCAUGUUUACACAUACCCAGUAUCUUUGCACAAACCAGGGGCUGGGGGAGGGCCUCUGGCUGGAUUUUUCUGCUAUGCAGAAUCGUAUUUUAUAUUUUUUACAACCAGUUUAGGUA